ACAUAUUGCCAACUUUCAUUAUCUAUUAAAGAGAUUCUUCCUAAACGAGACAAAUUAAAGAUAAUGGCAAGCAUUUCUCGAGUUGUGCCUGGAGAGGCUAGCGAAUCGGAUUCUGACGACGAACUGAGAAGAGCAGCCGAACUUGUUGCGGGGCGCAGUCAGACGUCCAUCGGGGAGGAGCUGCGGCAGGCAGGUGUCGUGGUUCAGGGUGAGGCUUCGGAAACGGACAGCGAAGAAGAUGAAGAAAUGCAUCGAGCACGAGCAGAGCAACAGCAAUUUCCAUCACAGGCAAACAUUCCUCCUUUGAAAGUCAACCGAGCAUCUCGUUCGCCAUCCAUCGGCAGCCAGUCUUCCAUCAAGUCGGGAUCCUCGGCCUCGCAGAUCAAGGUGUCACCCCUGGAUCCGCCCCGCUACGACACCCUCCUACAUCGGAAGCUCCGGGAGCGUAACAUCAGCCUUCAGAUCAACCUGCAGGACGCUGUUGCUCAAGCCAUCCAGGCCAAGCACAAGGAGUUCAGUAACACCAACCAAAUGCUCACCAAAUCACAGACGGUCAUACAGGAUGUGUGCUACAGUAUGAGGCACUUCUCUGACGACAUCAAGCGCACCAAUGACAAGCUAGAUAUCAUCAGUACCAGCGGGUAUUUACCAGAAUUUAACUUUCCUUCGAAUGGAUCAUGAUGGGGAACAUUCCCUGAACUCUCCUAUUUUGACGAAUGGGAUACAUUUACCGUAAAAUCUGUGUGUAGAGACCGCCAAAUGAGAACAAGAAAAAAAGCUGUCUUUUUGAGGAGGUGGUCUUUGCGAGCGAGUUCCUGUAUCACAUGUGUCAAUGGAGAAGUAUACAAAGGAAAUUAAACAUUAAACACAUUUCUGAAGCUGAUUUGACUGUAUCAGUCAAUCACCACGACGAUUAUUCUUGCAUGUUUACAUGUAUAUGAUCAGGAUGGAAUAUGAAAUGUGUCAGUCACUCAACAGAUGAGGGAGUAAAUCUCAUUUUCAGGGAACUGCCUACAUGUGAAUGUACAUACAUGUACCAUUCUAUCUUUGAGGACAUUUCGAUCUAAAUUUUUUAUUGCCUCGGUUUUAUCCAAGCUGGAUUGCUAGUUACUUUCCAGAAUUAGUAGUGUUAUACUAAGGAGUAAAAGGUAUGUUUAUGAUCAAUAUAUGACUUGGAUGGAGUGUCAUUUGUGGAUCUAUGCCUUGCCUUUGAAAUACCAUCAGUAUUAUUGAUUUGCUUACCAAGCGAUCUACAAUCUGACUAUCACAAUGAAGCCAUGUCAUGAGAUCUUGAAUCAUACCAAAAAGACUUCAAAAGUCUUUAGGUUACAGAAUUCUUCAGAAAAUUUUGAGCUUCCUUGAUAAGAGAUUUUAGUGGCCUGAAGUCUGGUUUAACUAAGGCCAUAGUCUAACUCUGUGCUAAAAUUAUGGGAAGCCAAAAUUUUAAACUUUAUUAACAUUGUGUUUUUCAUAUGUAUGUUUACUGCGCGUUUUGAUUUCAUCAUGUUACAAUGCCAAAGAAAACUAGACAAUUAUGAAUGACCUGCAUAUGAGAUGAGCUGAUAAAUCAAACGUGCAUUGCUUAAUAUUGUGUCACUAUUGGCUAUCCAUAGUUAAAACCCAACUUUAAACCAGAGUUUAAAUUAAACCUGAGUUCAGAAGUACUUUGAGUACCAGUUCCUUUAUGAAUAACAGAAGCCUAAUAAUCAUAGGGAUGUUUCAUUAACCAUUAUGCAUGAUUUUGUGCACAGCUUAGUUCUAUAAAAUCUUCAGAAUAGUGCGACUAUAUGUCUAAUUUGCUAUCGAAAAUGUAACAAAUAUGUUUUUGCAUUAAAAUAUUAUAUAUAAGGAUUGCCAAACAGCAUAUUUCAACUUCAGCUAUAAAUGAGAGUUUGAAAAGGGUUAUUCCUGUUCUUGUUCUUUUUGAAGUUUGGACCAAGUACAUGCACAAUUCAUUGAUAGGUAUGUUCUUGAAGGAAAUCACUCGAGUUUCAAAAGAAGUUUUCAGAUUUAAUACAUGUAUGAACAUUUUUAUCUCUUUUCUCAUGUCAUUUAUUCCCUCUUUAUUUCUAUGUCAUUCUUUAAAUACUUCAUUUUCUUCUGCAAGUUCUGGUAUAAGAAGUGCAAUUUCAUAGUAGAUAAUAAUUUGAUAGUGCAAUGAAAACAAAUAUUAUGUACAGUAUACUUAUACUUUUAUGAAUUAUCUUGUCAUUUAUAAAUAAAGGGUUUACAUGUAUACACUCUCCUUCAAAAGUUUCAGGAACUUUGCCUAAUAGAGUGAUAGGGACUAUUAUUAUUUCAAAUUGAUUUUGAGCUAAUAAUUGGAUGUUUUCUCUGUGAGAAUUAUUGUCUACCUAAAACUCUAGAUUUUAUCUAUGGAACAUUCAGUUGAUCUGUCUGAUCAUGUAUGAGUGAGUUGAGUGCACACAUAAAAAGCAGAACUGCCUUUUAUUUUAAAUUGGAAUAAGUGAUUUUCAGAAUUUAUUUGGUGAAAUUCUUGAUGUGGUUGUAUCAUUCAUCACUUAACUCAGUCACAUACAUGUUUUCUCUUUGUUGAUGAACCCAAACUUGAUAGGGAAAAUUUGCUAAUGUACAGCCCUCAUAAAUUCAGAAUUGCUAAAUUCUUCUGGAUUAUUGAGGAAAAUAAACUAAAAUCCAUUUUGCUUAUAAAUAAAAAAAUGUAAUUGAUUGUAUUACCAC